UGGAUCGGGAUUCGGGUUUUAUAUAUUUUUUUCGAAGAACCCGUGUCCGUGUUUUCGAUCCAGAGUAGAAAGUCUCAACCUUUCCUUAGGCUGAAUACCUUGAUUUUUCGAUUCGUCUGAGUGCUAUACUCCUCCUCCUCUUUUCUGUUAGCCAAUUCUGUUUCAUCAACGUUAUCGGUUGUGUUUUUACAGAAAGACAAAGAACUUUUCUUCAAUUUAGAUCGGAUUAGAGUCAGUGACGAUGUCUUGGGCUGGUCCUGAAGAUAUUUACCUUUCUACUUCACUCGCCAGUUAUCUCGAUAGAAAAAUACUUGUGCUCCUUAGAGAUGGUAGAAAGCUUAUGGGAACACUUCGUUCUUUUGAUCAAUUCGCCAAUGCGGUUCUGGAAGGUGCGUGCGAGAGGGUCAUUGUAGGUGAGCAAUACUGCGACAUUCCUUUAGGCCUCUAUGUAAUCCGUGGCGAGAAUGUUGUUCUGAUUGGUGACAUGGACACUGAGAGAGAAGAGCUUCCUCCACACAUGAUUCGCGUCUCAGAAACCGAGAUAAAAAGGGCGCAAAAAGUGGAGAGGGAAGCGGGUGAGCUGAGAGGAACAAUGAGGAAGAGAAUGGAGUUUCUUGACUUUGAUUAAGCACCGGAUUUGUGGCCCCAUUAAUUUCUCUUGGCUCGCAAGUUUUAUGAGGAGCCUUUUUUUUUAAGUGUAUGGAUGGAGAGAUAUGUUGGUUUAGGGGACUGAUGUAGGUCUCAUUUUCAUUCUGGAAAAAUAUGACAAACAUAAUAUGUUUUGUCCUUGUUUUUACCCUUACAAAUUGCAAAUUAUUUUACAAGUC